AUGUCUUUGUCUUAUUGUCUGUGCGCUCUAUUUGAAUCUACAAUUAUGUUGGAUACAACACCUUCACUCUAUCUGCAAUCUCGUCCAGGGCUUCACCUUCUACAAAAUCUGUUCUUCGAGCUGGCCAAAUGGCAGAAGUGCGGAUACUGUACCCAAGCAGAAGUUGUACUGCAACUGGACUUGCCUCCACAUAUGAUUGACGCCUUGGUGUCCCUCGCAAUGAACCUUACUGACCACCUUCUCUGCAAUACCCUCAUGCAACAGUUCUUGACCAUAGGGUACUUCAGAAUCCCUGCGAAAGAGCUUGCCUUUAAAGGCUGUGUACUUCUUGGCCUGUCAACAAACCUUGCGCUUGAUAUCAGAAGUGGAGUCAGAGGGAUAUUGGCCAUUGCGGAUACUUCAGAAGGGAGAUUUAAGAUAUUUGGUGUAGAGAAUACUAGUGAAGUAAUAAUCACGAUCAGAGAAUUUGGGUACAAUAUUCGCAUGUUUCUUGUUUAA